GUGUGGCUGCGUACCUGCGCACGGAGAGCUCACACGACGAGAAGCAAAAUAUUCAGACGCAAAACAUGGCGAGGUUAAGUGAGCAUGGGAUUCGCCUGAGUUCUAUGAGUCCUUCCUUCCUGAACAGCAACUCCACAAGUCAUACCUGGCCUUUCAGCGCGGUGGCAGAAUUAAUAGACAAUGCCUCAGACCCCGGUGUGUGCGCUAAACAGUUCUGGAUAGAUGUAGUUCAUGAAACGGAUCACCUCUGUCUGUCUUUCAUCGAUAACGGCAGCGGCAUGACCCCCAACAAACUGCACAAGAUGCUCAGCUUUGGUUUUACAGAGAAGGGCUCGGGUAAGGCCAGUCAGCAGGCCAUCGGGGUUUACGGCAACGGCUUUAAGUCGGGCUCCAUGCGCUUGGGGCGUGACGCGCUCAUCUUCACCAAGAACGGCGGCUGUCAGACUGUGGGGAUGCUGUCGCAGACCUACCUGGAAAGCAUUAAAGCCCAGGCUGUCAUCGUCCCCAUUGUCCCUUUCAACCAGCAAACCAAGUUAUUAGUUGUGACCGAGGAUUCACAGGCCAGUCUGACGGCUGUCCUCGACCACUCGAUCGUCAAAUCCCUGGAGCAGAUACAUUCACAUUUUGACUCGAUUCCCUCCAAAAAAGGCACCAAGAUAUUAAUCUGGAACAUCCGCAGGUCAGAAUCACAUGUUCGUGUUACAUUAAAAGUUGAAACGUGUAUCCUGUAUCUGAAGCCGAGGACACAGAUCAUACUGAGGGGGAAGAAGAUUCAGGCCAAACUGGUAGCGAAGAGGCUGAUACACAUUGAGCAUGACGUCUACAAACCCCACUUCAGUAAAGACAAAGUGAAGGUGACCUUUGGACUUAGCCCAAAAAACAAGGAUCACUAUGGGAUUAUGAUGUACCACAAGAAUCGUCUCAUUAAGGCGUUUGAGAAAGUGGGCUGCCAGCUAAAGACUUCGGGCCUAAGAGCGGGCAUCGGCGUCAUCGGCGUCAUCGAGUGCAAUUUUCUGAAACCUGCUCAUAACAAGCAAGACUUUGAGUACACCAAAGAGUACAGACUCACCCUCGGAGCUUUGGGCCUAAAACUCAACGACUACUGGAAGGAGGUGACAGAGAAGAAGGCCAGAGAGCGAGAGUUUCAGGCUCUAGACAAAAAUGAGAAGGAGGUCCAGGAGGAUGUCGAUGAGGGUCCCAUGUGGUUACAGUGUGAAGAGUGUCUCAAGUGGCGAAGCAUUCCUGACGGCUUUUACAGAAUUGCUCCUGAGAGCUGGACCUGCAGCCAGAACCCAAAUUCACGUUACAGAAGCUGCUCGUCACCAGAGGAAACAGAAGAACACGAGGAGCUGUUAACAGCGAGCUAUCAGAAAAGCCACAAGAAACUAGAGUACUCCAGAGGCACAAAACGAAAAUCACUAGAGGUGUCUGAGGUAGAGGAACAAGUGUCUAAACAUCAAAUUGUCUUACGGAGUUCAUCUAAGCCCAGCAAAGUGGAAAACGCAGAUGAACUCACAGAUCUAAAUGACACUUUCGCGAAUGACGAUGCGGAGUCACAGUCGGACACGGGAACGCGGGAGGAGGCCGCCGGAAGAGACACGGUCACUAAAAAGAAGAAUGAAAUUGCAAAAGGAGCGUCGCCCGAGGAAAAUGAGAUAAGUGACAAGAGGCUUCAGGAUGAAGAGAGCGACAAAACGGAAAACGCAGACAUGGAGACAGAAGAGGAGGAGCACUUAGAAACUUUAAGGAUGUCAGAUUCAAUACUGUACGUUGUUAAAAAGAAGCGGUACCUUUGGAAGCUUCACCAGUCCGAUUCAGCAGUUACGGAUAAGGAGUUGCAUUCUGGGAAACAAAGUGAUAUAGUCAAGACAUUAUCCCCAGAAAAAAACAAAAAGGACGCCAGCAGCCGGGUAGAGAACUCAGACACAAACCCACCGCAAACCCACACCGGCAACACAUGGCAGCACUCACUCCCCUCCACACAGCAGACUGUGAUAGUGCCCCCGCUGAGCCGAACAGAAGGGCAGCAGAGCAGGGUGCUGCCCACAGAAGGGGCUAACCGGGAGGCUAAAAUGCAGAGGCUGGUUGGGUUGGAGAAAGAGGCCGAGAAGCUCCGCAGCCUUCUAGGUCUGGAAAUCACAAAGACAACUCGAGGAACGAUGACAAAUGAUGACAGCGACGAAAAAAGUCCAACGCAGACGCUGGAGAAACCAUCGGGACGCAAAGAGGUCGGCUGUCAGACGGACAUGGCUGAGUGCUCUACUUCAUCCUCUGGCCUGAUUCAGGCUGCAGAACUUCAUGGGUUAAAAGCUGUGAGUGAGUCCAACAACCAGCCUGAACUGAGCAGAGCCAGGAAGGAAAAGACUGACAGCCAGACGAGAACAAGACUCAGUGACACUGAGGCCCAUGAAGACAACAGGUCUGUGCAGGAGAAUCUGCAUGACAUCCGCAACAACGUGGUAGUGCUUCUCACGGCCCUCCUGCCCCAGCUGGACCUGGCCGGCAUCAGCCUGGAGACCAAUGACGUAGACAACAUCCUGCAGCAGAUCAUAGAGGUCAACUCCCUGAAGCUAUGAUCAGCAGUCCAGCAGAAGUCUAUUAUUAUUUGUUGUGUCACACAUACUUACACAGUUGUGUUUGGAUCAAUUAAACCAUUUGUUACUUCAGUAUACAGUAUGUAUAUGUUAAUAAUUCUCUUUCUGUUGAUUUGGAGAGUAAUGUCAUUCCCAUGUUUUUCAUAUUCUUGGUGCUGCAUGUGGAUUACGUGUAUAAUAAUGAAGAUUAUAAAACCUGGUAAUAUUUGUGUUCCGUGUGGUAAUCAGUUUGCAGUGUUAAAAUAAAAGACAUGUAUCGAAUUACUUUACCUCAGUGUCUUUCAAUUGACAAAAUUACAGUUCAGGUGUAUAAAAAAUUGCCCUGCACUGAUUACUGUAUCAAGCUGCGAGUGCCAAGAGUUCUUGUUAAGCAAGAGGCUGGGAAAAAGAGACAGGAGAAAUGCUAAGUACUAGUUUGCAAGCCGUUUUUAUAAAGAGAGUUAAGAGGAAAAAAAGUUGUAACUUAAAUUCUUGUAGCUAACUGUCAGGGUCGAGUCACCAAGUCUGACUACUCGUACUUGUGAAGCUGUCUUGUACAUAUGGCAAACGGUUGUCACAUCGUUUUUGAAUACUUGUGCAGUAUAAUCUUUAAGAACAUGAGCAUGUUGGUCAUGAUGUCAGUUAGAAAAUAUGAGGGGGUUUUUGUCUCAGUUCAUCCAUUGAUUUUUUAACUGUUGCUUAUCAUUGUUCUGCUGCUUUUGUUGUUCUUUUUGAAUUAGCUAUUUAAGUUGCUGUACACACUCGGUUGCUGUUUUCUAAACAGGAUUUGUUAUCUUUGCAUUAAAAUAUUGAAACCA